AGUCGUUUGCUGCACAAUGGCACGAUUGGUUUGUGCUUGUUCGUUCUGCUGCCGCCGUCGUUUCUGAGCGGAGGGCCGGCCCAAAACGUUGGACCGUCCGUUGCGCGGGAUACAAAUCUUACCGCAUCUUCCCUCGUUCGUAACCGCUCAGCUCUUCAAGUUUCUUUGUUUCUUUCGAAUUAUCCAGUCCUCAUAGUGAGUGACGAAAGAGAAACAAUAACAACGACGGCUGGACGGAAGACGAAUUGCGAGAACCGUGAACAGAAAAACCACUACCGAACAUCAUCUAGGUAGAACUAACAGGAAGAAGACCAGGUUUUAUCCGAAGCGCGCGCUAUUCGAAAAACCAAUACGCCCAAUCGAAACUGGGGCUUCUCUUUUCGAACAGACGGCGGUUUAUCAACAACGUCUUUGGGAGAAACUCAAAUUACAUCUGACUGUUUCUUCAUCCCAGCCUCCCGUUCAGGAACGUACGGCGACAACAGGAAGAACAUACAAAGCAUUAAUAAUGCCCUCAAGAUUUUCUUGCGUCAUGUUUUAUAAUUUUUCUGUGACUCGACUUCUUUGGCUGGAUAGAACAUUACAGCGCAAUGACCGCCUUACAGCGAUAUCCCUGACCUUACAGUGGUCCCCUUCUCUAUAGAAAUUGCGCACAAGGCAGGGCGAAUGUCGAAACGUCUUUUGAAAUUGUCCGUGAAUCACAUAGAGAGCUUUUUCGUUAAAAGUGACCAAUUGUCACCCACGAAGAUCUCCGUCCAAGGACCCAGCUGUAGCACGAAGCAACGCUGCAUGGGCCCAAGCACAAGUGAUAUUCUUACCUAAUAAUUAAUUUGUAGCUAUACACGCGUUUAUACCGAUAGAGCUUAAAAGCAUUAAAAUCGGUCCGUUAUAAUCGAUAAUUGUCGCAGCUACCCGGUUCGGUAAUCUUGUGACGUGAAGUGUGUUCAAAAGGCUUUUCUGCUUUAACGGUCCACUGACAAUAAUUACGAAUAAUUACAAAAUUCGAUUGAACUUCAAUAAAAAAAUACGUGCUUCGUUUUGUUAAAAUAAACCAUUUUUGAAGAAAGAAGAUAAUAGGGAGGCAAUAGUGUCGUGAGUGUAAAACAGUGCGUGUGUGAAAACAGCACAAUAUGAGAGUGACAGCCGCUGUCAGACAGCAUUCUAUUCAUCUACAAGUGGCUCGAACCAACAAUGGAAAGUUCCUGGUCUGCCCGAACAAUAAUCAGGACAUCAGUCAACAGCCGACGAAUGACGAGACGAACUCGGUGCCAGCAGUUGUCUUCCCUAGUUAUGAACCAUUGCCUACCGAUCAUCAUGGACCUACCAUACUUGGCGAUCGGUAUCUACUUCUUGGACCAGCCGAGGGGAGCGCUCUAUACCGAUGCGUCGAUGUACAUUCUGGUCAACAACUCGUCGCAAAGGCGCUGACCGUAGGCGAUAAAGGUUGCGAAGCACUACUACAAGCUCACCUUCGAUUAGAAGGUACUGGAGCGGCGAGCGGUGUCGCAGGUGUGGUAGAAGCACCUGGAGGUCGACGCUAUCUCCUGUUAGAGGGUCACCACGGUGACCUGCACGCCUACGUAAGGGCGCGCAGGAGACUGCGGGAACCAGAGGCGAGGCGGCUUUUCCGGCAAGCGGCCAAAGCCGUGGCUACAUGUCACGAGUAUGGGGUCGUACUUAGAGACCUGAAACUCAGGAAAUUUGUUUUCGCUGAUGAAGCAAGAACACGACUUCGUUUAGAAAGUCUGGAAGAUGCAGUAAUCGUUGAAGGUGACAAUGACAAACUGACUGAUCGACGGGGUUGCCCAGCCUAUGUGGCACCGGAAGUAUUACGUUCAGGACGAGCCUAUUCUGGCAAAGCAGCUGACAUCUGGUCACUUGGUGUAUUACUCUAUACAAUGUUGGUUGGCCGUUAUCCAUUUAAUGAUGCUGAGCAUGCAUCUCUGUUCGCGAAAAUCUCACGUGGCCAAUUCGCAGUACCAGAAGGUCUGAGUCCACGUGCUCGAUGUCUGAUCCGUUCAUUGCUGAGAAAAGAACCGUCCGAGAGGCCAUACGCGGAGGACGUACCGAGGCAUCCAUGGCUCGCAAAACCAUUACGAGUCUGUACUACAUCUAGCAGAUCCUCAUGUCAGGAUCAAAUUGUACCAGAACUACCUAAUAAUUCUCAAGACUGACUCUUCCGGGAGAAAAAGAUAUAUUCCGCUCGCGCUGGAUCCAGCUUUCUUUGUUAAUUAAUCCUAUUUGGAUGAAAAUUCUGUGAAGAGAAAAAAUUUCGCGUUCCGAGUUAACAUGGCUUUUGUUUCUUAUUUUUAAUCUUUUUUUUUUUUUGUGUUUUGUUUUAUAUGAUAAUGUAAAAUAGUUAUAGACGCUCGGUUAUAUUGUGUAAAAAAUUGGAGAAAAAAUGAGUAAAAAUAAAAUUCUUCAUUCUCUUUAUCUAUAUGAAUAUUAUGAAAAUAUUAUGAAAUAUUAUAUAUUAUGAAAAUAGGAAGAAGUACAAAGAUCAAAAUAUAAUAAUUUAGAAUAAUUACUCUUUCUUUUUGUUUUAUUCAAGAUUUCAUAUAAAAAGGAAUCAUAAAAAGGAAUUAUUCACAUGAUAUAGGUUUUUUUAACCAAAACAAAAAAGAUAAUAUUGAAUUAAAAAAAUUUAAGAAAUUUCUUUUACAAGAAUUAAAUGAUAUGACAAAUGAAUAAAAAUAUUAAAGCUAAAACUGCAUUGAUCUAUUAUGUUCUUUUUAAUCAUUUUUCAAAUAGGCAUAAUAAUGCCUGAAAAUGAACCAUAGUUAAUUUAAGAAUGGGGCAAUAUAUGAAUAGUAACCCGUCCUAAGAACAAAAUCUAUUCUAAUUCUUAAUCUAAUUAUAUGAUAAUUGUAACGUCACACUGCCCCUCAAUUUUAUUCUUAAUUUUAUUUUUAACUUUAUUCUUAACAGUAUCCACAAAAAUCAACUUCUUGGUCUUGUCAGAAUUUAAACGACUAUGUUUUAGACGUAAUAAAAUUUGAACUUAUCUUAAUAACUGACAAUAACUAAAUUGUAUAUCAUGUAUAAUAAUUCCUCAAUUGUUUUAUAAUGUACAAUUUUAAUACAUAAAUUUAUGUAUUUAAUGUUGAUAUAACCAAGCAUUUAUAGCUGAUGUGCGAUAGAUACUUAAUUCUUGCUGGAAGAAAUAUAUAGUGCAAUUUUAAAACUGUCCAAAAUUUUAAAUAAAUAUAAUUCAAUUAGAUAAGAACCGUUUAAGGAAAGAAUAUUCCUUCCUUAUAUAAUCCUCUACUACCUAUAAUAUAAUUAGGAAUUGAUUUAUUGGUAAUAAAAUACAAGAUAUAUUCUAUUCAUAUUGAUAUUUAUAUUAAUACUGUACAUCAUAGUUUAGUAUACUAUAUCAAUAUCUAUGAGAAAAAAUAUAGGAAUAUAUUCAAUAAAGGAUAAAUAAAUGAUAAAAAAAAAUUGAAUUAGUUUUCUGAGAUUAACUCUGAUUUAAAAUUAAAGCAUUAAAAAGUUUUGAAAUAUAAAAUUAAUAAUAAAAAUUGUACAAUUCAACUUUAGUAAACAUUUAAAAAUCAAUCAUUUAAGAGUUAAAAAGAAUAUUUCUAUACAAAAGUUCAAUUUAUAAAUAAUUGACAAUUUUUUUAACAAAAAAAUCAAGCUAUUUUAAAUUAAAAAUAUUUUAUAAAUAUUUUAAAAAUAAAAUAAAUAAAAUGAAAUUAUCUUUUUAAAAAAAUGUAUCUAAAUAUAUAAAAAUGGUAAAAUAUUUGCAGAAACAAAAAAAAUUUAAUUAACUUAUAAUAAUCACAUUAUGUUUCUUCCAUCGAGAAUAUAUAAUGUUUUAUGGUAAAUAUAUGAAUUCAAUAUACGUAAUUUUUUAAUUAAUUACAAAUAGCAAUAUUGUUUUUGCAGGCUGUAAAUAAAAGCCAUGUUCAUCGAAAAGAUACCAAAUAAAGGAUUAAAUAGCGGUUACGUCGAAUAGUUUAUUCUAUUUUUUUUUUUUUUUUUUUUUUUAAUUUGCGUUUUUUUUUGUCUACGUGACGAAGAAUGGCCUAGAAUAAGAAUCAAUAAUGUAUAUUGUGAUUUUAAUGAAAGAAUAUUGGAGGAAGUCUCUUUUCUUAAUAAUGAGAAAUUGUGCAACUUAGAUUAUUCGCAAAGAUUUACGAGUAAUUAUUUAUUGUCUCAAUUAAAUUUGUUCUUUCUGAAAUUGGAGAUAUAUUAUUAAAAAUGUUUUAAUAUAUAUCAUUAUCAGAAAAUAUCAUUGAUGUAAAUUUUUUAGUUAUUUAUUUAUUUCUAUUUUCGUAUAUGCUCGUACAUCUUUAUUCUUAUAUUGUCAACAUUAUCAUUUAUUUAAAUCAUUAAAAUAUUAAAAUUUAACUUUUUAUGUGCGUAAAAAAAUUAAUAUGUAUGUAUAUUCCUUUUGAAACAAAAAUAUGCAUACAUUUAUCGGCGAUAUUAAGAAAAUAUAGCAAAUAUUAGUAAUAUAAAAUUUACUUGUAUAAUUUUAGGAAUAAGUAUUCAUCAUUUUUUUUUUAAAUUGUUGCAGAUUUCAUUUUAUUUGGAUUUCCAUUUAAAUUGGAAUUAAUUUUUGUUUUUUUAAAUAUUGUAACAAAAUUUAUUUAUGAACCACCAAACAAAAAAUUUUUGUAUGUAUUUUAUUUUAAUUUCAAAAAUUUGAUAAUUUUUUUAUUUUGAUUUUUCUUUUUUAUAUUAUUUUUCUUUUUUUCUCAAAAUAGAAUAAUAUUGUAAAUCUAUAUUAUAAAAAUUAAAUGACAAAAUCUUUAAGUUUUAUUAAUAAUUUGAUUCAAAAAAUAUAUUAUUCGUUCUGUUAUUUGAUAUCUCUAAAUUAUUUUGUAAUUCCUGCAAAAGUCAAAUGCAAAAUUACCAAAUGUAUGUGUUGAAUAUGUGUAAGAAAUUUUUUUCCUUCAUAUUUUAAUGCAAUUCUCUUCGUAUACUGGAUAUCGUGUGUUCAGUGCAUAAGUCGUCGUAUCAUUUGAGUUAGGGUACAAUGAUAUGGUGAGAACGUUUCAUUGAUGCUGAAACAUGUACAUAAAUUCAGUCCACUUCAUUAAGUUCUUCAUUAAAUCCUAAUAAAUAUUCAAUAAAAAUAAAAAUUAUGUACAUAGGUAAAUAAAAUGGCGUUUAUGAUAAAUA